UUGAGUCCGCGCUCGCGAAGGACAUUGCUUGGCUGAGGGGGGAUUUCAUUUCUAUGAUCUCCAGACGCGUGGUGCGGCCAUUAUCAACACGCGGAAGGCGUCUAGCGCACUUUCAGCAGCAAGGGGGAUCUCGAACCACAUGCACGAUUGGAUCUGCGGAACGGACGUAGCUGGAGAGUACGUCUCCAUGGCUGUGUUCACCGACGGAUCGGAUGGGUAACAAUUUUUUGAUGGUUUUGUCAGAACGAAUAAUUAAUUUUUUUCUGUUCCCAGAUACUGUAGUUGUGGUUCUACUGUUGUGCUAGAAGAACUAGAAGUUCCCUCCAGCACACUUACUUUCUUACGUACUUCUACAACUGAAUAUUAUACAUAUUAUAGUAAUAGCAUUCAACUCCCUCAUCAAACCUACGACCACCGAACACAGAUACGGCGUCGACAAGGGUCUGAUCUAUUCCUUUCCGGUGAUGUGCAAAGGAAAGGGCGAGUACGAGAUUGUCAAGGGAUUGCCAGUUGACGAUUUCUCAAGGCGGAAAAUGAAGGCAACGGAACAGGAGCUCAUCGAAGAACGCACUUUGGCGUUCUCGCUCGUCGGUUAAGAUACGUUUAGUACGGUCUGCUGCUAGUCUGCUGCUUCCCUCCUGAUAAUGGGUGGUGUGGGAGAUUGAUAUAGGUACAUCGUUCGCUUAAAAAUGAAUUUAUAGUUCUAGUUUUAGUGUAGUUAUAGAUGGAGAUGAAGACGAUCUACUGCUGUUACACUAGAUCAGGAGUUCCAUUCCAAGUUUUCUACAGGUUGAUGAAAAAGUCAGAUGUUAUUCUUCAUGUUCUUUAGAGUUUUAACAUCAAGGUCAAGCCAUAGGUUCUAGUGUAAAAAAUUCAAAAAUAGCGCAAAGGUGUAGCACGAAAGAAUAGACUACGGCCCGCUAUACCAAUUUAAGAUUUCUGGGUGAUCUGGUGCGUGCUUCCGAAUAGUUGUAAAGGUAGCACUAUAACUAAAUGUCAUCAUGUACAACUCAUACUAGGAGAAGUGGGAAUCUCCGAUGAAUGUGACUGCAAUUCGCGGCCACAUUUAUUUCUAGACCUCUGCCAACCCUUUCAAGAAAACAAGACAUUCUUCAUUUCUUCGCUCCUAGCUUCCUUUCCUAUUGAUGAUCAAUGAUGAAGCACCAAAGAACCCACUUCAUUUUCCAAAUUAAGUAAGGUCCCUUUUUCUGUCCACAACUACAAAUGCUCAGGGGAACGAACUUCUGGCCACAACUACGCAAUGAUUUGAUGAACCAGUCGCUAAGAUGGAGAAGAUCUCGCUUCGCAAUAAUCAUCACUUCUAGGAAGAACCGAGGACACAGCCACACACUAGUACCCGCUGCACUAGUAUUCUCCUUGCUUCACCAGAAGUUGAACUUGAAAUUCAUCAACAUAGACAAUAAUUAUUUUCGCUCAAGAUAAGUAUAAUUCAUCUAAUUAUGUUGUUAAAGAUACCAUGAAAAGCACUUUCUUACACGACCUUUUCUCAUAGCUUUUUACAUGUUUGUAUUUUACUUGUGGUAUUCCCAUGAUUCGCUUUCGCGCAGACGCCAAUUGAUUGAUUGACGCCACGCCAUAUUGAAGAACCGAGAUUUUGAGAACGCAAACAAUCAAUGAAACCGCGCAAGAUAUAGGCAUAGGAGAAAAUGAACUGCAUCCGAAGUCUGUCAGCCAGUGUCAAUAAAGACCAAAAGAU